AUGCUGACCUCGACGCUGUCGCGCUGCCGCCUCGGCCUCCGCUCGCUCCCGCGCUCGUUCUGCGCCCAUGCGGCGCCAGCCGCGCCCGUCGCCGCCGACCCCAGCCAGACGAUCCUCACGAACGCGCUGCGCCACGUCCAAGCCUCGGGCUGGACCAUCGAGGCGCUGGGCCAGGGCGCGCAGGACGCGGGCUUCCCGUCCAUCGCGCAUGGCAUGUUCCCGCGCGGGCCCAUCGAGCUCGUUGAGUUUUUCAUGGACGACUGGCAGCGCCAGGUGCAGGACGCGCUGGCCGCCGAGCCUGUCGACGGCGAGUUUGUGCCGACGGACCGCCUCAAGCGCGGCGUCCAGAUCCGCCUCCAGCUCCUCGCGCCGUAUUUGCAUGUGUGGCCGCAGGCCAUGGCACUCGAACUCUUCAUGCUCACGGACACGUCGCCCAACCGCGAAGAGACGUGGAAGUUCCUCGAUCGCCGUGUCGAAGAAGCCAUCGCGCUCGGCGAGGUGCCGCAGAACGCGGGCGACAUUGCGGGCAUGGUGAGCAUUGGUCUGCAGUCGCUCUUGUCGACGGCGGCCGCGCUCGCGGGUCCGCUCUCGUCGCAGGUCGUCGCGCAGGUGGCCCACCAAGUCCCGAACCCGCUCUCGUCGCUCCCGACGAUGACGACACCGCGCCCGCCGACCGAGCCCAAGCCGUAG